UUCAGGCACGUAUUCGUCAUUUCUGAUAAAUAUUCCUCUUGAGCUCAUCCGCUACAUGCAGCUGUCUCGGCAGGAUUUGAUCAACAUAUCACUUUUGGACAGCUCCCACAGAGCAAAGUUUUAUCCUCUUGUUUACGAAAGGGCGAAACUGACAUGGCGUGACUUCAAAGCUUUUAAUGAGAACUUUAAGUCCAAGGAUCUCGUUCGCGCAAUUCGCAUUUUCAGCGACCUCAAAGACCGAAAAUCUACCACCUAUGGCGAAUGGAACAUAUCGCUCAAGGGGAUACUGGAGAAGUCUUCCAAUCUUAAGGAGCUGGUGAUUGAAGUUAUGUCGUCGGCUAGGUGUCUAAAAUACCAGGAUAAGUUUGAUACCGAUUUGAGCGCCAAGAUCGAGAAACUGAAACUAAUUAGUCAUUCCGUGGCGCCCAACGAUGAGUCCCUUUUUGAAUUGACUCAGCUGCAAAGAUUCCAUAACAUCAAGCAGCUCACUCUCAACGGGUUUCUUCUUGCCAAGGACCAAUACUUCUAUCCCAAAUUCAAAACCGAUUUUAGCGACCUUAAAGAACGGAGCAGGGAUGGCCGUCUCGUGUUUUUGAACGAUCUGACCUUGAUCAACUGCAAAUGGGACCAUCCAUUCAGUCUCAGUGAUGUCUUUUCGCCUGUCUACCCUUUGCCGAAUCCGCUUCUUAAGUUGGAGAGCAACGAGUUUACGUCACCAGAACGCCUCUCUCUGUUCUAUAGCAAGGACUCGUCUUCCUUUGUGGCUGCCGAACGGUUCAGAUCUUUUAUUGACAACGAUGCAAACGAGCUUUUUCUUUUUGAGACACGUUUCUAUUACAAUUUGAAACACCUUUCGAUUGUAAUUCUCAAUGAAGACUAUAAUGACAACAAAUACAACUACUACUACCCAUGGCUUAACUGGUUAAAUUUGAAAAGGAUAUUUCAGACACAGAAUGAAGAAACGCAUGAGAUCGAGAAUAAAUCGAUUUUGACCAACCUUGAGUCUCUCAAACUUGUUGGUUGGAGAAUGGCUACAAUGAGCGAACUACGCAAGGUGUUUGAAAUUGGGAAGGAGCUCAAAUACAAUAUGAAACACCUGGCUUUGUACCUCGUUAGACCUGUUCCACACUUCCAGGAGGUCAGCGAGAAGGAGAAGCUGGAAUUGCGCAAGGUUGAAGAACAACUGGAAAUAAUCUUCAACAGCGGCCGAAACAAGCACACAUGUAUUUUUGAGGUUGGCUACGUGGAAGACUGUUUUACUGACGAGAGAUAUGUAAAAGAGUACUCGAAAAAUAAUGAUUAACGAAUACAACAAG